AUGAAAACCAAGAAGCCAGACCAUCCAGGAGCCCCCUGUUGGCGCUCCUGUCCCCUCAGCUCCGGAACCCAGGCCUCCAGUGCUGCCAGAAGUGGCGACGUCUUGCCUUUUGACGUGGGCAAGUGUCCCGGGCCGGAGGCUCAGUGUGCCGGGGGGGCGGCGCGCUCGGCUAACCUGGGGCCCGAGCCUCGCCCUAGUCUCAAGGGCCGCGAACCUAGUGACAGGGAGGGGGAGCGGCCUUCACCUCGGAGCCGGGGCGGGGACCGCUGUCACCACGCCUCAGAGGCGGCACGGGGAGGCGGGGCGAAGAGCGGCGGGGGUGGGGCUCCGCCGGACGGGGUGGGGCUUAGCCGGAGGGCGGGGCCACAGCUGAGCGACCGCUGUGGUCAUCGCCCGACCUGCGAAACAACCGAAGGAGGGGGCCGGGCCGAGUCGCCUGCUCCUAGUUCUCCCGGGCGACCUGGGACAAUCGGCCGCUCGUGGGAAGAAGACAACACGGCCACACUUGGACUAUCAUCUACCGAGGAUGAGGGCGAGGACCCCUGGUACCAUAAAGCUUGCAAGUGCGAUUGCCAAGGUGGCGCCAACACUCUGUGGUCUGCGGGAGCUACCUCCUUAGACUGCAUACCAGAAUGCCCAUAUCAUAAACCCCUGGGUUUUGAAUCAGGAGAGGUUACACCAGACCAGAUCACCUGCUCCAACCCAGAGCAGUACGUUGGCUGGUAUUCAUCCUGGACUGCAAACAAGGCCCGGCUCAACAGUCAAGGCUUUGGGUGCGCCUGGCUCUCCAAGUUCCAGGACAACAGCCAAUGGUUACAAAUCGAUCUGAAGGAGAUCAAGGUGAUUUCAGGGAUCCUCACCCAGGGGCGCUGUGACAUCGAUGAGUGGAUGACCAAGUACAGUGUGCAGUACAGAACCGAUGAGAGCCUGAACUGGAUUUAUUAUAAGGACCAGACCGGGAACAACCGGGUCUUCUACGGAAAUUCGGACCACACCUCCACAGUCCAGAACCUGUUGCGUCCCCCUAUAAUAUCCCGCUUCAUCCGACUGAUCCCACUGGGCUGGCAUGUUCGCAUUGCCAUCCGGAUGGAGCUGCUGGAGUGCGUCAGCAAGUGUGCCUAACGCCUGCCUCAGCUUAGCGCCUGCCAGGGGGU